CUGUGAAGGGAGAUGGUAGGUCCCGGAAGAGAGGGGGAGCAUUGCACUUUGAAAAAAAACCACCCGAGCCACAUCCCUUUUUCUUAUUGCCAUCUUUUUGCUUCUAUUUCCACAAUCCCAGUUGAUGUCCUCCUCUACCUUUACCGCUUCUUCAAUCCCAAACAACCCCCAGCCAGCAGCAGCAGCAGCACCAGCAGCACUAGCAGCGGCAGCCACGGCUCCUAGCAACAAUACAGAUGACGACGACGACGCCUGGGACAAGCGCAUCAAAAGGACGGGCUGCUUUAAGCAAAACGAAUCUCUCCUGAUCUGUCAUGCCGAUACUGGCGAUUGGCGCAAAUGUCUCGCUGAAAUUGCCGCCUUCAAGGCCUGUAUGAAAAAUCAUGGCCAGUUUGAAGAACAUUAAAAAUUAAAUCUCAGAUUACCCGGUUAGAUCAACUCUGCAAUGAUAAAAAAAUUUUCUCUUGCAGAGAAUUUUUUUUCAUUCCCACCCCUGACAGAUUUUUUUUUCAAAUUUAGAUUGGAAAAAAUACAUAAGCCUCGAUUUUGGGCCCGCUUUGCAUUUUUCUUCUUUUUUCUC